ACUCGGUAAUGGAGCUAUAAUAAGCAUUAAAGAGAAGUGAUGUUCAACACCGUGAGGACAAUGGCGAUAACAUACAUAUCAUACAAGAUAUUUAUAGUGAGCCACAAUGAAAGUCACACAGUAACCGACAAGUUCCAGAAGAUGGCAGCAAUGAAACAUAACGGCUGACGUUAAAUACCAACGAAGAAGAUGUACCAAGCUAGUGAUAUUUGCGUGGCAACAUCACAGGAAUUGGUAGAAGACAGACUGGAAUAGCAAAAGAACUGGAACGUGCCGACGGGAGGAAAAAGCAUUUGGAGGACAUUCACUUUCACCAAUAAGCCAGUGAAAUGAGUUCUUCAGAUGUGUUGAAACAGGCGGACACAGACAGCAGCAGACUCCAUCAGUGUCAGAAGUGUGGGAAAUCUUUCAGUCGGUUUUGCAGUUUAAGGAAACAUGAACUCACUCACACUGCGGAGAAAGUGUACGUGUGUGAACAAUGCGGCAGCAGUUUCAGCCGACUUGAUGCCUACAAUAUACACUUGCAGACCCACACUGAAGAAAAUACAUACUGCUGUGAACAAUGUGAGAGGCAUUUCAGCGAUCAUAGUUCAUAUAGGAAACAUCUGCGCGACCACACUGGACCGUACCAGUGUGACCAAUGUGAAAAGACUUUCAGUUACUUCAGUAUUUACAAGAUACACAUGCGUGUCCACACUAAAGAAAAGCCAUACUGCUGUGACCAGUGUCCGAAAAGUUUUAGUUUUUUAAGUUCAUACAAGCGACACCAGCUAAGCCACAGCGGAGAGAAGCCGUACCAGUGUGACUUUUGUGGAAAGAGUUUUACGCAGUCAGGGCAUUUCAGUCUGCAUCUGCGUAACCACACUGGAGAGAAACCGUACGAGUGUGGCCAAUGUGACAAGAGUUUCAGUGACGUAAGUAGUUACAAGAUACACCUGCGUGUUCACUCAGGAGAGAAACCAUACUGCUGUAACCAGUGUGGGAGGAGCUUCUCUCAGUUGGGUAAUUACAAAUCACAUUUGCGUAUCCACACCGGAGAAAAACCUUUCAGCUGUGAACUGUGUAAGAAAAGCUUCUCCAUUUCAAAAACGUAUAAACAACAUGUACGUACGCACACUGGAGAGAAGCCGUACCAGUGUAAAGAAUGUGGGAAAGGUUUUGGUCGUCUAAGUAACUACAUGCGUCACCUCCGUAUCCACACUGGAGAGCAACCAUACAGCUGUGACCAAUGUGGGAAAUCUUUCAAUAGUUCAUACAGUUACAGCCGACACCUGCGUGUGCACACUGGAGAGAAACCAUACUGGUGUUCACAGUGCAAGAGACUAUUUACUCGAUCCCAAUCCUUGAAGAAACACCGCUGCAUUGCAAUAGAUGAAGACCUUAUAGAUGAGAGUUCAACUGUGUGUAACCAAGAAGCACAACUGAGUUGCUCACCAACAGAACCAACAAACGACAAGCAACAAGAAACUAAAUAAACGGCAGUUUGUUCAUGGUAAUUAGUGGACAUGUCGCAAGUGCAACAGUGUGGCUUUGUUUGUGGUCGUAAUAGUUUUUAGACAACAGUUGAGCUUUAUUGCACAGAGGAAUAAGAUAUUAGACUUUGGACACACACAAUUCUUGUUAGUUGGAUACAUUAAUUGUUGGUUUUGGUCUUUUCAAGGGAUUUUAAAGUAAUAUACAAAUUUAGCACCAGACUUGAACCUCUUUCGUUGUAUCCUUUUACAAUGACAAUAAACAUCCAUAUGCUACUCUGCUACUCUUAAGGAGCAGGGGGAAAAAGAGCUUUGAAAUAAUAAAAAAAAAGUGGUCUUUUAAGAAGCCUAAAAAAAUAUUACUAUCAAAGACAUAGUGACAGACACUGUUAUAAAGUGAGUUGAAUCAUGUUAUCUUGUUAGAUAUUUGUGAAAAGCUGUUUUUGUUUUUUUACCAUUAACUGAUUUUAAGUUCACCACUAGCUUUCUAAUUGUCAUAUCACACAGCUCAUGUUAACAUGUGUUAGCAGAAUGUGACACUAAUAUUGAUAACUCAGAGACUGAUUACUUUAGGGAAGAUAUUAAGGCCAACAUUUCAUUUGUAGGAAUCUGGAAGUCAGGUCACAGAGAGAACCUGACACUCCAGCGUCAGUCAUCAAUAUCCUAUUGACUCAUUGAAACAACCCUCAGCGUCACCGAGGAACAAAGACCACUGUGAUAAGAUUCAAGCCGGAGGAGUUUGACUUUGCGUUAAUAUAAAGUUUAUUUUAGAUUAAAACAAAGAAUGUUAGACGCAUGUUAUUUAACUUAAAUGUGGUAAAGGAUAUGUAUUAUUAGUUGAGUUAUUGUAUAAUUCUCAA